AUGGCCUCAAGUUCAAGCCUUGAUCAGAAUGAGCAUGAGCAUGCGCAACAUCCAUCUGCCAGUGGCACCGAUAUUAACGAAGUACUGCAAGAUCCAUUUGUCACUGACAUCAUUAACAUAUUCAGCAGCAAUAAUGAGUUUGAAAUUCCUCCAGUUUGUGUCUUCUCUGUGCCCAAGUUUUUAAGCAACUCCAAGCCAGAAGCUUACUACCCUAAGGUUAUAGGCUUAGGACCCCUCUAUCAUUCCAUGUCACCACUGCAGAUGCACAAGGUUGGGGUAGCGAGGAACAUUCAUAAUGAAUUCAGACACAUUAAGUUCCAAGAACUCAUUCAGGGACUCGUGAAGCUUGGGCCAUACAUCCGCGCUUGUUACCAGAUGUACUUGACUGAUGGGGACGAGAAGAUAGCAUGCGCAAUGGCGAUAGACGGUUUGUUUUUGUUUGCGUUGCUUUGUCACCAUGACAGAGAUAAAGUUGCUCUAACCUCUUCGGAUACUUUGCUUCGCUUAUUAGCCCAUACAGAUAUGAGCAGAUUCCAAUGGGAUAUUGAGAUCCUAGCUGUGGAUACGACGAUGCUUCAAAACCAAAUUCCGAUUUUUCUACUGAAACAUAUCUUACUCAUGGAAUGCUCGGAGUCACUAAUCGUUGAGAAAAAUCUUCCUCAACUAUUGUUGGGUUAUUGUGAAGCACUCUCUCCAUUCAAUGUGCUGGAGAACUACCCGGAUUCCAUGGCUUUAAAGCGCACGCAUAUGUUGGAUCUUCUGUACCACUUGAUCACGCUCACUGAGCAACAACUGGAAAUAUUAAUUGAGGAAGAAAGAACAGGUCGAAAUAUAGUUGCAGAAUAUUUUUCAGAACUGGGGCCAACCGAAGUCUUGGAUUUUCUCUCGGGUCUACCUCUGCCAAAAGAACUAAAAAUAUCAAUUGAGUUGGUAAAAGGUUUAGUUGGUCUACCGUGGUCUUUGUUACUUUAUCUAUGCUUUAUUGGAAACAAACCUGGGGUUGGAGAGGAAAAUUUGAUGCCUACAGCAUCAAAGCUGUCUGAUGUUGGAGUGAAAUUCUCCCCGGAUCACAUCAAUAGCAUUCGGUUUAAGCGUGAAACAGCCUCGAUUAUGCUCCCGGUCAUUAAAGUGAAUGUAUACUCGGUGUUAAUUAUUAGAAACUUAAUGGAAUACGAAGUCAUGUACAAGCCUGAUGUCUCCCGGUAUUCGGUUUUUAGAAAGUACAUUCAAUUGAUGAGUGCGCUGGUAAAAACUGCCAAGGAUGUGAAGGUACUUAAGGAUUAUCAUAUUCUAAAAACUAAUUGGUACAUGAAGGAUGAGGAGGUUGCGAAAAUCUUUAGUGGAAUGAGGGAGACCCUUUUCUCAGCACAGGAUCCAGCUGAUGAUUUGGACUGGGACAUGAGAGACAUUAACGACUACUACAAUGGUUUACUGAAGGUUAAGGUUCGGAAAUUCGUAAAGCAGAUUCUCAAGCUUUUUGUGACAAUCCUGCUCUGGUUGGUUGUGGCUCUCUACCUGUUUGGCUCCGUCUACGGCUAUCCGCUUGUAUUCGAGAAGGGCAAAUCUUUCUGUGGGAGUAUUAUCAGCUUGGUGCUGGGCAAAUUAUUUUCCUUCUCCAGUGCGCGUACCUCAUCUCAGAUGCUUUCAUCAGAAUCUGAUAUGACGACUUUGAAGAUAAUGAAUCAAGACUUUGUCAAACUAGAUAGGUUUGAUGGAACGGAUUUUACUCACUGGAAAGACAAGUUGAUGUUCAUUCUUAUUACAUUGAAGAUUUCAUAUGUCUUGGAUUCGAACCUGUUGUUACUUCCAGAAUCCAAAUCUGACGAUAAUAAUCAAAUCAAGGCGGAACGCAAGAAGCGCAAAGAAGAUGAAUUGAGACUGUAA